UGACACUUGCGGAUGAGUAAUUUUUUGUUAUUGUGUGUGUUUUUUAUUUAGAAUUGGUCAUCAUUUCAACACACUAUAUGAAAAGUCAAAAUCCUUUAAAACUCAGCUGAAUAUUUUUGUGCACUUAAUUUUGAUAAUAUUAACAAGUAGAAUAUCUCAACAUGGAUUGGUUGUUUGGCAAGAAAAUCUCACCGGAUGAGAUGCUGCGCAAGAACCAACGCGCCCUGAAUAGAGCUAUGCGUGAUCUGGACAGGGAGCGAAUGAAAAUGGAGCAGCAGGAGAAAAAGAUUAUUGCGGACAUAAAACGUAUGGCGAAGGAAGGUCAAAUGGAUGCCGUGAAAAUUAUGGCGAAAGAUUUGGUACGAACACGACGCUAUGUAAAGAAAUUCAUGCUGAUGAAGGCAAAUAUACAAGCAGUUUCGCUAAAAAUUCAAACUCUGAAAUCACAAAAUACAAUGGCACAAGCAAUGCGCGGCGUUACUAAGGCAAUGCAAAAUAUGAAUCGCCAAUUGAAUCUCCCACAAAUUCAAAAGAUAUUACAUGAAUUUGAAAAGCAAUCUGAAAUCAUGGAUAUGAAAGAAGAAAUGAUCAAUGAAGCUAUCGACGAUGCGAUGGAAGAUGAGGGCGACGAAGAGGAGACUGAUGCUGUAGUCUCGCAAGUGCUAGAUGAAUUAGGCUUGCAACUCGGCGAACAAUUGGGAGAUUUACCCACUGCAUCAGGAUCUUUAUCCAUUGCUGGCGGUGCUAAAAGCACACCGGCUGCGGUAGCUGCUGGUGGCAUAGGUGCGGGCGGUGGUGGUUCUGGUAAUGGUGGCAAUGGCGGCAACACAGCAGCGGCUGGUGGAAGUGGUGCUUCUUCACCAGUAUCCGAUGCUGAUGCCGAUUUGCAAGCUCGCUUGGACAAACUGCGACGUGACUAGUAAUUAUUCGAGAAGGAGUGAAUAGUAAGCAGACAUUCGCGCUUCGCAACACACUUUAAAUAUUAGUAUUUUACUUUAUGCAUAUAUGUUCUUAAGUUUUAUAUCAAAUAACACUUAAAUAAGGUGGUGAUUUUUAUAUAAAUUAAAUUCAUUUAAAACACGUUAUUAAAAAGCGAAGUGCAUAUAAAAUUUUCCUCAUGUACAUAAUAAAAAAUAUGUAAGCAUUUUGGCAUCACAAUUCAAAACACUGCUUUGAAAACUUAAUGAUUUCCAUAUAAGAUCUGAAUUAUUAUAAAAACUAAGAGCUUUCA